UGCUCCACUCAAAAUCUGUUUUAUCCGAGAGAAAGCAUAAACCAUCUGUCCUUGAGCAAUAUGAGUGAUCAUCUUCCUCGCCCUUUCCGCUUUGAUGGACUUGUCCACACAUUCUCUGGAUACAUGUUCCAUGAGCCUUAGGUAGUCAAUCAUCAUCGCUAUCUGCAGCACUUCGACAAGAGAAGGCUGCACCAUAUCACGCAACUCGACCCUUACGAGUUCAAGCUCUAUAAAUAUGACAUUGUGUCACUUAUUGAGGGUCUCGGAUGGGAAUUCCUUCUUCGCCAGCCAGUGCAUCUUGCCUGUCCUGUGCUGUCAAAUACUUCUACUCUAAUCUCAAAAGCCAAGGAAUCAGUUCACGAAGCCUUACUACUUUGGUGUAUGAUCACCUCUUGACCAUACCUGUCCAUGCUAUGAAUGGGAACCUGGGAUUCCCCUCUCAAGGCCUCGGCAUUGCUCAUCCCUCUGAAUUCUGGAAACAUGAAUUCAAGGUUGAAGUGGAAUAUGGGAAUUUCUCCACUGAGCCAACUGGAGGAUCAGAUGUCCCUAUUCCAGUAUCCUGGCUGCCUCCUCGGUUAAGGAUAUUUCAUCACUUUCUUACUCAUGUCAUCUUCCCACGAUCCUUCAAUCAGGAUCGAGUUCUUCCCAUGGACUUAUGGAUAAUUGCCAGUGCAACUGCACGACGCCAGCUGGACUAUUCAAGCAUAGUGUUUGGCCAACUUCGCCCUGUUGGAGAUGAAAACUACAGAAGGAUGGUGGCAUUUGGGUCACUGAUCACUCACUUACUGAUCAACCUCGGGGUAGAUCUUUCUGAGUUUCGAAGCGUUUCUUCUACCAUGUACAUCAGUGCACUUAAUGUACUGAUGGUGCUGGAUCUUCCCACUAAAAUCUCUCCUCCCCCUCGUCCUUCUACUUCUCUCCUCGGGCCUCCUCCUAAGCCCGCUGCUGUCAAAAGAACCAAGUCUGUGGGUGAACCCAGCGAGACUGAGGAUCUGGUCUUCACCAUCUCUGAAGGAGAGUCUUCCUUAGAUGACUCUGCCGCUACUGCUCCUGCCUCUUAAUUCUCUAGCUAUCCUUUAGCUUUCUUUUCGUUCUGUUAGUAGGUUGUAUUCCGUUAGUUAGGGGGAAUCUUGUCCUUGCUCUAUUCUGGGAAUCUUGUUUAGGGGGGAUUUUGCUUAGGACCUUGUCCUAACAUUUUGUAUUGCUGUUCUCUUCUGGGAAGGCAUUCUGCUGUACUUCUUUUCUUAAUCAAUGAAUUAGCAUUUU